UUUUUUUCAUAUAAAUUAUUUUCGAACCCAGUGUGUCCUGUAAAAUUGAAUUUUUUUUUUUUGUUAUCGCCUUUUCCUUCUCUUUCACAUUAAACGGAAACAAGGAUUGACGAUAAAAGCGUGUAUUUUUUUUUUCUUUUAUGGUCUCAACUUCUCAUGCCUUGAAAAUAUUUUGGCCUUCUCAUCUGUGUAUACCCAAUAGUCAACCAGGUUACUUGAUAGGAUGGCAGAAUAAUCCUUGGACCUUUUGUGUAGCGGCUCUAGUACAAGAUAUCAAAUUAAAGGAUUUAAAACGACUAGUUCAAGAUUUUUGUACUUCUGACGAUAUACAACACUUUCAACGAAUUUAUAGAGUUUGCAAAGCAAGACCUACUUUACUUGGUGAACUUGUUACAACACGACCCAAUAAACCUUCCUCUCCUCUAGAUGCAGAAUGCUGGUUGACAAUGCUACUAGACGAUGCUUAUAUACCGAUACCCAUAUCCUUAUCAACACGAGGAAAAACUAUAGCGUUGAGUUCUUAUCAAAUCAUGUUUUAUGAACAACCUAAUCCCGAACGACUUCAGUUUUUGGCUCUUGAACCUUUGGCGUUAGAUAUUACACCAAAACAACAUCAUCAACAAAAGCAACAUAGAUCUAUGGACAACAGUACAGCUUUACAAAGACAGACAGCUUUGACACUUCAAAAUUUGGCAAAAAGUAUAGAUGUUGAACAAAGGAUAUUGGGAUUACAAAAUAUGGAGACUUCUGAUGAUUUGACUUCUGUGUUGGUUCAGAUUAACUCUUCCUAUUAUUUGGAACAUGGGAUAUUACAUCGUAAAAAACAUCAAGAUAAUCAAGAUCGACAACAACAGUCCUAUCAACCACGACAUUGGUCAAACAUAUUUCAAUAUUCUUUUAUUCGACAAGGAAUAUUUCUUCAUCCUUUACGAAAAUUAGUUUGUUAUUUACAACGCCUUAUCAAGGGUCCUCUUUUAUGUUUCGUCUUUUUACUUUUAUGUUUGGCAGAAAUCACGAUCCAUGUUCUCAGUUUACAAUUACCCAAAAUACAUGUAGCUAUGAAGGAUUUAUCUGCAGCUGGUCAGCAGAUAGAUUUGAGGUUACAGCAAUUGUAUUUUUGGCCUCGACAAUAUAUGAUGUUAAGGAAAAGGAAUAGAGCAAACACUGCAGAGACAAGGGCUUAUUACAUCAGUUUUUACAAUAGUAUGUGGUUAGUGGCCAAUGAUAUCAUUAUUGGAGUGGCUAUUGGAUCCUACUUGAUGAACAAUCGUGAUAUAGUUUCCAAUAAACUACAUGAUGUAUUGAAGACAUAUACAGUGGAAUCAUUACAAUCGAUGAUGUAUUGGUUUUUGGAAACACCAGCAGGUUUGAAACUGAAUACUCAAUUGGGAACCUUUCUAAGUGAACUCUUUCUUUGGCUGAUCCAUCUCUGGACAGAAUGUAUGACACUCAUGGAACCAUGGACACCUCGUAUUAUUUACAUGAUAGGAGGAUCAGGUAUUUUUGGUGUAUCGAUGAUCAUUGCACUCCUAUCGGAUAUGUUGGCCUGUAUGACUAUGCAAAUAUAUUGUUUUUAUAUGGUGGCUGCUCGGAUCUUCAAUUGGCAACUCAUUACUCUUUAUGCAUUAUUCAAUCUCUUCCGAGGCAAGAAACGUAACAUGUUACGAAAUCGAAUUGAUAGCUGUGAUUAUGAUUUGGAUCAAUUGUUACUGGGGACUUGUUUAUUCACACUCUUAACCUUUCUCUUCCCAACCGUGUUGAUCUAUUAUUUGACAUUUGCUUUGAGUCGAGUAAGUGUCAUCUUUUUACAGGCGAUUAUGGAAACCUUAUUGGCCUUUUUCAAUCAUUUUCCUUUGUUUGCUAUUAUGUUACGUAUCAAGGAUCCUGAUCGUGUUCCAGGUGGACUUUGUUUUGAUCUUUUCCAAUAUGAUACUUUCUUAUAUAAACAUCAUUGGUUCCGACAAACUUGGUUAAGAUGGACACAUCAACAACAGUAUAAAGAAAAUAGAAUCAAGCAUCAUCGAAGAUUAGUUCGAUUCCAAUUACCCAAUGAUCAACAAAAAAGACGACAACAAAAAGAACAACAAAAUACCCCAGAAGGAACUUAUUUAUGGAUCAAGAAUACACCCAUUCCAUUUGGAGCUAUCUUUUUCCAAUACAUGUUAUUAUGGAAAAGAUUAAGUGCUCAUUAUUUCUCCACCUAUGUAUUUCAAUGUCUUCUUUAUGGUGAACCCAUUAAACCUAUUCCAAAAUUACAGUAUCCUAUGCUUCCGGACAAUAGACCAUCUUUGAAAUCAGCUUGGAAAAUGCUCAAGACCAUGUGGAACAAAUAGUCAAUAAUGAAAUAAUAGUAGUAGUUUAUUUAGUAUCAUGUUUUUUUCUUGCUUCUGAACCUUCUUCUUUUUUAUCUCAUGAACAAAUAAACAAAAUGAUCAUUUGUCCAUCCAAAAAAAAAAAAAAAU